AUGUCAAAUUACUAUGACAUUGAUGAUAUUCUUACGGAGGAAGAGUUUGUCCCGGUUGUAUAUCAAAAGGCUAUAAAUGGAGUGAAAAUUGAUGAAAGUACCGAAAAAGGAUAUGUUGAACAAGGUUCAAAGACAGAGCUUCCUUUCUGGCUUGCUCGUGAAUUGCACAUGAGGCAAGCAGUAUCGAUAAGUGUUCCUGCCUGUUUUAAUCAAAAAACAAGGCUGGAAAUCCAGGCAGAUGCUGCAUGUGUGGACUUGAGAUCCCGCUGUCAAUACUUUUAUGAAUUUGGAUGCAAGCUGGCUCCGCUGUGUGAUAAAACCAUUGGAUUGUUGCUCUCAUAUGCAUUUCGAAUCCGGUAUAAGGAAGUCCUACACAAGGCACACUCCACUGCAUUUGCAGCAGCUUCCAAAUUUCUAACACUCCUAACUAAAGAAGAAACUUAUUUGUAUGAAGCAGCUCAAUCAUCCAUGGCAGCCUUUAAGAAAUGGAGGACGGGUGGCCCCAGAUUGCAGAGAGCUUCAAUUCUUGGGAGAAAGAGAAAACCAGCUGAGUAG